AUGUCCCAGCCCGUCCUCGCAUCGUUCGACCCGCUCGCGACUCACCCAUUCACCAACAACUCCGGGCUGUUGCCCAAGCCUGCUGCGCCUUCGCAGUUCCCCCUCCCCAUCUCCUCGUCACUGAGGACGGCGGCCACGAGCCCGUCGAGGCGCGACUCCACCGCGCCACCGCUCCUAGCUCCUCAGCCAACGCGGGCGUCGCCACGCUCCAAGGCGGCCAAGUCUGCGGCGGGGAGCACGCACCGUCCCAUCUUCGUUCCUUUCCGCCCAGAGCGCUCCUCGCCGGAGCUCGAUGACAUCCUGCUCAGGAAGAAAUUCUCCGACAUAUUUGCGAACAAGCAGUCCUGGAGCAUCGACCAGGCCGUCGUACCCCUCCCGUCUCACUCCGCGCAGCGUUGA